AUGAUAGUUUGUUGUAUUUCUUGUGUGGCGUUGGUAUCACAAGUGCAUGUAUUUUGGGUAGCUGGAUUGAUAAUACACGGAGACAAAAUGGAAUGCGACGUGAAACCUUCUUACAUGCUACUGGGAAAUAUCAUCAACUGCGUAGAUACCUUCGUUACACUCAUUCUACCAGUGAUAUUAAUUUUGGUUAUGAAUGUAAUUAUUGCUAAAGUGGUAUUCAAAUCGCACAAUUUGGAUUUACAAGAGGACGAUAGGUAUUCGUCGGAAAGAGUGCGGUUCCAUCAUAUCGGCUCUCAAAGCAGUGAUUCCACCAGAAAUUCAGAUCCAGAAUAUUCUAGCUCAUCACGUCGAACGAAAUACCAAGAUUAUUCGUUGAGGCGUAAGUAUUUUUAUGUUCCUGAUAGAAUUUUGAAAAGAGGUUGUUGA